GCUGUGCAGGUCGUAAAUUCGAGCUGUGGUGAGAUGCGUGUUAGAAGCACGGAUUUGGGUUGCGUCGUAGCGCAAUCCCGUCGACAAUCUCCACCACGAUUGUGUGGCGAUGGAUUCCGGCGAGUCUUCGGUGUGAAAAACGGUUGCGCCGUUUGUGGGUUUGGAAGCAUUGGCUGCGAUGGUGGGAAGUGUGGAGGAGUCUUUCUCGAACCAGGGCAGUGGACGGAUCGCAUUAAUCGAAGGAGGGGGGAGGAGGGGAUGAUGGGAAGAUUCUCGAUGGUUGGACGGCGGGAGGAACGACGCAGCGAGUGUUGGAUGUGCUCUGCUUCUAAUUUGUUGAAUGAUCGAACUCGCGGCACGUGCAUUUUGAAAACUUGCAGAGGGGUUUGAACAAUUUCCAUGGCGGGGUUACGGAAGUUGGAGAGAGCGUUCGAGAUGAAAUUUCGCUAAGUGUUUUGAAUUCGGGUCAUAUUCUGUGUUGACUCUUCUGAGACAUGGGUGGAGAAGUCUAGUGGCUUUGUGGUAUACUCCUUCAACGGCAAGUUUGGUGGAGAAUUUGCCUUCUGUGUAUUCAUGUGCACUUUGAGGCAUUGCAAUGGCAUGCUUCACGAUUGUGAGGAUGAGAUGUUGUAGGAGUCCCAAGUCACAUCGAAUGAGACGGGGCACUACAUCCUCUCACCAAGCUCCUUUCUGAAGGACUAAGCAAGUCUUUUUCCUUUCCAUU